AUGACCCCCCCGCCCCUUUCCCCUCCAGCCCUUCCCAGACCUGGAGAAGGAACCGGGAUUUUAUCCCAGCGUUUGGCCCUUGUGUUCGACUGGCUGGUGGACAGGAGACACUGCAACCUGAAAUGGCAGAGCCAGGUGCUGGCCAUCCGCGAGAAGAUCAACGCGGCCAUCCAAGACAUGCCGGAGAACGAGGAGAUAAAGCAGCUGCUCGCGGGGGCCUAUCUGCACUACUUCCACUGCCUGAGGAUCGUGGAGAUCCUCAAGGGCACUGAGGCUUCCACCAAGAACCUCUUUGGACGCUACUCGUCCCAGCGCAUGAAGGACUGGCAGGAGAUUGUGUCCCUCUAUGAGAAGGAGAACACCUACCUGGGUAAGGCUGCUCUGGCUGCGGGCAGACUUUGGAGAGCCCUUGGGGGGGUGUCGGCCGUGCCCCGCCGCGAGGAGGGGUGUCAGCUGGGGGCGGCUGAGCUGCGGGAGCGGUUCUUCGCCUCCUGCAAGCAGUACGGCAUCACCGGUGACAACGUGCGCCAGGAGCUGCUGGCCUUGGUGAAGGACCUUCCAUCGCUGCUGUCUGAGAUCGGGGCAGGAGCCAGCGCGCUCUCUGAGGCCAUCGAGCUGUACCAGGCCUGCGUGGAGUUCGUGUGCGAGAGCUCUGCAGAGCUGGUGGUGCCCCUGCUGCGGCACGUGGGGAAGAACCCCACCGUCUACGAGUGGAGGACGGGACUUCAGCCCCUGCGGGUGGAGCGGCCGGAGGUGGAGGAGGUACCAGAGCAGCCGAAGGAGGACACGAUCGACUGGGGAGACUUCACGCUGGAGCCCACCAGGGCGGAUGAUGGUGCCACUGCCAACGGGGGAGCCCAGGGCGAGGAGAUUGACUGGGGGAUCACGUUAGAACCCGGUCCACAGCAAGAUGAUGGCAUUGACUGGGGAGAUGGUGAAAGCGAGGAGGUGCAGAUCACAGUGCUGGACGCUGGCAUCGAGGUGCCCGAGGGGGUUGCCUGCGGCUCCGAUGCCCUGACGCUCCUGGAAAACACCGAGACCCGGAGCCAGUUCAUCGACGAG